CAUGCCCAAAGACCGGAGAGUCAAGUAAACGGGGGAGACGCCUCCCCUCCCCAUCUCUUCUCUUCUCCUCACUUCUCCCAACCCAGAUCAAUCUGCAUUCCACAUAAUCCAACCUAGUGCUAGUGGCGCCGGCCUUGCUGUGAGCUGCCUCCAGCGGUCGAUUUCGCCGGCCGGCUCGCCUGCCGAAGAUCAUGGCGGGGACGGUGGUGAGCAUGGCGAGGUCCAUGUUGGGGGGCGCCAUCAGCAUGGCUGCAUCCGCCGCCGCCACCGAGAUGAGCCUCCUCAUGGGCGUCCGCAAGGACAUCUGGUUCAUAAAAGACGAGCUCAAGACGAUGCAGGCAUUCCUUGUGGCUGCUGAGAAAACAAAGAACAAAGACUUGCUACUGAAGGUGUGGGCAGAGCAAGUAAGAGAUCUAGCAUAUGGCAUCGAGGAUUGCCUUGAUGAGUUUAUGGUGCAUGUGGGAAGUCAGAGCCGGUCUCGACGGCUGCUUAAGCUGAAAGACCGCCACCGGAUUGCCAGCCAAAUUCGUGAUCUCAAAGCAAGAGUAGAAGAGGUGAGCAACAGGAACACACGCUACAACUUGAUCACCGUUGAUGCCUCCAGUAGCAUUGAUGAGGUGAAUUCCUACACGGAAGAUAUUCGCAACCACUCAGCUAGCAACAUUGAUGAGGCAGAGCUUGUGGGUUUUGCUAAGUCUAAACAAGAGUUGAUUGAGAUGGUGGAUGUCAACUCCAGAGAUGGUCUUUGCAAGAUGAUAUGUCUCGUUGGCAUGGGCGGUUUAGGCAAGACUACUCUUGCAAGGAAGGCAUAUGAAAGUAAGCAAGAUAUCGUGAAUAAAUUUUCUUGUUGUGCAUGGGUCACCGUCUCACAGUCCUUUUCCAAGAUAGAGAUGCUAAAGGACAUGCUUAGGCAACUUUUGGGUACCAACUCGCUGAGGAAAUGCUUGAAAGAUCUCGAAGGGAAGUCGGUGCAGGUAGAUGAUCUCGGCAUGUACCUCAGGAAAGAGCUAGAGCAGAAGAGGUACUUUGUUGUUCUUGAUGAUUUGUGGACCAUAGAUUCGUGCCAAUGGAUCAAAGAUAUUGCUUUUCCUAGUAGAAACAACGAAGGCAGCCGAAUAAUAGUAACAACACGAGAUGCUGGCUUGGCUGAGCAAUGCACUUCUGAAUCGCUUAUCUACCAUCUUAAGCACUUGCAAGCAGAGGAUGCCACAGAUUUGCUACUAAGAAAGAGUAGAAAAACAAAAGAAGACAUGAAAAAUGAUAAGGAAAUGACGACCGUGGUCAACAAAAUAGUAAAGAAGUGUGGGGGUCUACCGUUGGCUGUACUCACUAUAGGAGGCAUGCUUUCCACCAAAAAGGUUACAGAGUGGGAAAGUAUCUAUAAUCAAAUCCCCUCAGAGCUCGAGAUCAACCCUAGCCUUGAAGCAAUGAGGAGGAUAGUUAUUCUAAGCUACAAUCACUUGCCAUCUCAUCUCAAGUCAUGCUUUUUGUAUCUAAGCAUCUUUCCUGAGGAUUUUGAGAUCAAAAGGAGACGUCUGAUAGAGAGAUGGAUAGUAGAGGGGUUUGUUAGAGCCACGGCUGGGGUGAGGAUUGAGGAUGUGGGAAAAGGUUACUUUGAUGAGCUAGUCAACCGAAGCAUGAUUCAGCCAUCAAGAAGGAACAUAGAAGGAAUUGUUAAGAGCUGUCAUGUCCACGAUAUCAUGCGUGAUGUCAUGGUCUCAAUUUCCCAACAUGAAAGUCUCGUGUACUUGGCACAAGAUAAUGUAACUAGUGUCACAGAGGAGACCUUCCGACAUGUAGCAUACCAUGGUGGCAUGUGCCCAAAGAUAGUUAUGGAUUGGAGCCACGUCCGGUCAGUAACUGUGUUUGGUGAGAGAUCAUUGGGUCCAUCACCUUCAGUUUGUUCACCUGACAUGAGAAUGCUCCGGGCCUUGGAUCUAGAGAAUGCACAGUUUCAAGUCACACAAAAGGAUAUCAGCAACAUAGGAUUGUUCCGCCACUUGAAGUAUCUGAAUUUUUCUCAACCUCGAGGAUUUUCACAUAUUUAUAAACUUCCUAGAUCCAUAGGGAGAUUACAAGGCUUGCGCACCUUGAACAUUAGAGACAGUUAUAUUACAAAACUGCCAAUUGAGAUUUGUAAACUCAAGAGUCUACAGAGUCUCCGUUGUACCAGAAAUUAUUCCUAUUUAUACUUUGACAUGUAUAGCCCCAAAGAAUGCUUGGUGCAAACACUUUGUCUGUCCAUGCUGUUCACACCUUUGACUGAUCCUAGUGAUUGUACCGAGAAAGUUGCUGAGCUACACAUGGCUACAGAAGGGGCCACCAAGCAGAAAUGCAGGGUACUCUGUGAUGCCAUUCAGAAGCUCACUUGCCUCCGCUCCCUUUCAGUGGAUGGUUCACUCGAGUGGCUACAUGUUGUCUCCUCUCCUCCUCCCCUGUUGAGGAGUCUGAAGUUGGAUGGAUCCCUUGGAGAGCUUCCUGGUUGGGUUGGCAAUCUGAUGCAUUUGGUCAAGCUUUACAUAAUGGGCUGCAAAAUAAAGGAAGAAGGUAAAAUCAUGGAAAUCCUAGGGCCACUUCCCAACCUCAUGCACCUUCGCCUUGGAAGUGACUCUUAUAUUGGGGAGAAGUUGGCGUUCAAAAGGGGAGCAUUCCCAAAUCUCAAGAAGCUUGGUAUUUAUGAUCUGUCGGGACUGAGAGAGUUGAAAUUUGAGGAUGGCACCACACAGAGAAUUUAUAACCUGUACUUUUCAGCUUGGAAUAACGUGAUACAUUUGCUGACGAAAAACACUGAUGCAUGCUCUGUUAAUGCAUUUUAGCCAGGGAGAAGACGGUGGAAAAUGCAACGGACUACACCACACAGAGAUGCUGCUACUGAUUAAGAUGCAGAUGUUGUGAUGCCGCCUUCAUUGGCCGUCGUGCUCAGGAUUCCAUGUUCGCUGCUGCUGGUGGCCUCUGAUCCCAACAUUUAGACACACAUGAUACUUCUUCGUUCACAAAAAAAAGCACCAAUAUAGUGGCGCCACUCAUACUACUGAUUGACGCCAUCCAUGUAUUUGUUACUUGUAGGCUGGAGUAUAUAAAACAGAGUUUUAUUGUAUCUGGUUCCUCUCUGCUCUUAUGGAAUCUCACCAUACUUCUUAGGCUCUGUCAUACUCGUCGUAUAGACCCCUCUUUCUCAACCUGGGUUAAUCUUGAAGAUGGUGGCCCAACUUGUGGCGCACAAUCUGCAUCCAUUAAUCAGCCCGCCGCCUACUAAUGCUCUUUUCUACGGAUGAACCUUGUCGCUGGAACAAAUGAUGCCUGAGUGGUGCUCGUCGCUGGCACUGCAACCUUUGGAAGUUCUGCUGCUUUGAAAUGGAUCACACACGUCGUCGUGAGCUUAUACCAACUUACCGAGGCGAUGGAGCAAAGCUCAGUCUGAGUUUACCAUGAUAGUUGCUGGCCCUGAUUCCCUGCAUAGAGUUGUCAGAUCCUAUUUCCUUCAACUUCAACAGCUUCCAGUCGCAGAAAUCUAUACUGUGGUUCCCCAAAUCACCGCAGUAAUACCUGCUUUCCAGCUACUGCGUGUAUUCUCUGCUUUUUUCCUCUGCCACUGUAUUUGUACUCUGCAUUGUAAAGGAGGCGUGUAUGGACAAUGCAAGAGUUUGAUGAACUAAAUUUCAUGAAACUUCAUAUGUA